AUGCCUCAGUUCUCCGAACUUCCAAGUCAACGGAUGCGAAAUACGGGGGGCCAAGGCAAGCGCCACUGUUGGGAAUGCCGUCGACGAUGUUUAGUAUGUGAUUCUAAGGAGCCUGGGUGCAAGCGAUGUCAUACAUCUGGCAUACCAUGUCCAGGAUAUGGUGAUGUGAAGCCUACUAGACUGAAGUGGAUCACGCCUGGCAGAGUCGUAUCUCGGGAUCAAAAGCACAAGAAAAAUUCACGGCGAAAAUAUCAAGACGACCACGAGAAAAUAACAGCAGGCAUGAUAAGGCAUAUAACCACGGUUGAAAAAUAUAUGAAUAUUACGAUUCCACAGAUUGAGAUGAAUGACGAAGUUCAUGUCAUCGUACAAUCCCUCGAAUACUUCAAUUCCUGCAUAUAUAAAGAUUUAGCUCCUAUCCAUGAUUUCGGCCAUAAUCCCUAUCUCUACCAGAUUUCUGCUACGCAUAUCCGAGCUGCACGCCUAAGCCCUGAUUAUCUGAAGUAUGGCAUGCUGUGCAUGAUCAUGAGCCACCGAAUCAACCAAACAAGCAAUAUCCUUCAGCUUAAACCACUAACGGAGAAGUUCUAUUUCUACUGGGGCCUCGCUGUCCGAUCUCUAAAUGACUAUCUCAACAGGGAAGAUAAGCGUGCCGGUGAUACAAUUAUCGCUGGAAUAUUGACACUCCUACUUGCAGACAUCCACCAGGGAAGAUCGCUUGACUGGCGAUGCCAUUUAGGCGCAAUAUACAAAUUGAUUACGUUACGUGGCGGAUUCUAUGCGCUAUGCACAUCAAUAAGCAUGCAGCCGUUGAUGCUUUGCUUCUGGUCUAUGGCAGUAAUCGGAGACACUACAUGUCCGGCUUCAGACCUCUUUAUGACAAAUCUACAUGUCGAGGCUCUGAACUUUGUACUUGAAAAAUACAGCAUUAUGGCAUCUCAAAUUCAUCUAUGCCCGAUACAGCUGUUCCCUGAAAUCUUGAAAAUCAACCACCUGCGUAUGAAGGGUGCAAGGCUUGAUGUUUUUGACACCAAAGCUCUCCAGGAAGUGGCCUAUGAAACAUUGGAGCGCAUCGAUUUCUUUUCACCUCAGAAAUUAGCCGAAUCUAAACAUUCAUGUCACGAAGACUGGGUAUUAGUAGGCAGAGCGUACCAGGCUGCUGUUGCGCUAUACUGCAUCUUAUCUCUCCAAAGUUUAUCAGUUCUACCUCACUCUUCAGCGCUGCGUAUGCAAUGUGUUGAGCACGGAGAAGUCCUACAGACCCUUCUCAAAGAGGCACUCGCCAGUAAAAGGCUGAAGAGGUUCAUGAUUUGGCCGCUGGUUGUGCUUGGGGCAGAAGCCGUCCAUGGCAGUGAAGCAAUGCGCACCUUUGUUGCUAGCCAGCUGUCGGAACUUAGCUACGAUGCUGGCACCUAUGUUCCACUUACGGCAAAACGAGCGCUCGAACAGUUUUGGAGUUCUGGAGAAACUCGUUGGGAUGUUUGCUUUGGGAGGCCGUACAUCUUCACGCUGCAGAUUGCCGUGGAUACAAGCCGCCUCAUGCCGCUUUACAAGUGA